AUGAAUCACACGACAAACACACGAUUUGCUCAGCAGAAGAAAUGUGCAAAUAGGGUAAAGAAUAUACACGAGCUUGGAAUAAGAUUUCGAUUUGUGCCAGCAUGCGACGACCCGGCUGAUGUCGGUUCCCGAGAAUGUCCACCAGAAGAACUUCAAGAGAAUCCGUGUUGGUGGAACGGACCAGAAUUGUUAUCACAUGAUGAAGCUGAAUGA